AUGUCUUACUAUCCAAAUCAGUAUCCAAUUGGCCAUCCCGCCUAUUCACCCUAUGGACAACAACAACAACCUCCACCACCCUAUGUUCAUGCACCUCCACCAGUAGUUAUUCAUCAACCACCGUUAUCUAUGACGAUCAUCAUCACCAUCAUCAUGGACACCAUCAUCAUCACCAUGGACUCCUCCACCUCCUUUUCCAUGGCCGCCAUCAUCAUCAUGGCCACCAUCAUCACUGCUGAGAAGGAUGAAGCCCACCAUUAUUCAUUGAUUUUUUUGAUAAUUACAGCGUGUAUGUAUGUAUAUACAUAGGC